GUCAACGCCCCAUACUUUCAUUUAGUUCGAGGCGCUCUUCCUUCCGACAAUAUUAGUCUAAAUUAGUGUUUAUAUUCUAUCACAACAUCACAAGUUGAGCAACUUAUCGCAGAAAGCGAUGGCAUAUUUUAGAUUGUAAGUUUGAAGACAAACACAUCGCAAUGGAACCUCCGACGGCGACGACCCAUGUACGCUAUACAUUCACGAUAAUGGACUACGAGAGCACUUGCAUACGUAAUAGUUAAAAGUAAUACAUUAAUGCAUUAUGUUAUUUACUCAUAUUAAUUUUGACAACCUCUUGGUAGCCUACCCUGGAAAGCACAUUUAACUGUGACUGAUCCAAAACUAUGGAAAUCCUUUACUACAGACUCAGUGAGCACAGCCUCGCCUUCGAGAGAGUGAAGGAUAUUGGAUAUAUUGAAUAUAUACUGUAUAUACUGGAUGUAUUCAAUAUCCAGCCAAUUUAGCCUGCCAUAUUCAUCACCCAUCUCCUAUUUCUUGUUUGCAAAGUCUGAGAAACGUAUUGACGGUCGAGUGUUGAGUGAAACCAUGAAACAGCCACACGAUCUUGAACAAACAAAUAUUAAUAUUUCAACAAGGCAGGAUCAAAAGAUCCCGCAAAGCACUUCCUGGACGGGUCUCUGGAGAAUGAAUCGUAUAGGUUUACAUCGUUGACGAAAGAGAAAGUAAGGCCUAUACAAUGGACGGUGGCGGAGAUGAAAUAUCAGAUGAACGGAUAGCGGAGGCUUGUCUCAGAGGGGUCAUGGAGCAGGAGCUGAGGGAGGGCCACCUGGACGUCGAGGCUCCGGCGCUGCCACCGGGCCCCGAGCCGCAGAGUGAGGCGGAGAGAGAUUUGAUGGAUGAGUUGGGCCGAAGGGUUCGCCAACAGAGCUCCCUUCUCAAAGGCAACCAAGAGUUACAAGACUCCAUCGAUGGGGUGAUUCGAAUGCCAGGUUCAAUGAUGGACAAGUUCUCACAGCUGGCAGGCAAAGUGUUUAAGAAUGGAGUGACCUGGGAUAAAAUCAUAUUGCUGUUCUAUGUUGCCGGAAGGAUGGCAAUAAAGGUGAUGGAAGAUAAUCUGCCUCUACUGGUGAUUGAGAUCUUCAAGAUAGCGUUGAAUUACUUCAAGGAGAAACUACUGGGCUGGGUCGGUAGCCAUGGAGGAUGGAGCAACAGUCUGUCAGAGCUAAGUGGCCGUAUGCAGGGCAUGCCACUCACCACCAAGCAGACACUCAUCAUCAUCGCCGGCCUGGCCUUCCUGAGCAUCGUCGCCUGGAAGCGGACACGGAGGGCCUGAAGCCAGGGCCACGGAGGGCCUGAAGCCAGGGCCACGGAGGGCCUGAGGCCAGGGCCACGGAGGGCCUGAGGCCAGGGCCACGGAGGGCCUGAGGCCAGGGCCACGGAGGGCCUGAGGCCAGGGCCGCUGCCAGCCAUUUGGGUGAUUGCUUAGUGGUAGUUAUGACUCCAUUUCACCUACAGAUUUUGACAGAGAAAUCGGUUAUACCAGCCAGUUAUCAGUAUCAGUCACAUUCAGUUACUCAGUGGUGUAUUGUAAGGAUAGGUUUCUUCCGAUUGCAAAAUUAUUUUUACAAACUGAUUUUAUUUUAUAUUUGUAUAUGACAUAGGGCAAAGAAAAUAAUGCAUGCUCCGCAAAAAUAAAUAACUAAAUAAGCGGGCCUCGUCCAUGCAGUAUACGCUCUGACUCGGCUGCAUGUCUGACACAGCAGAAGUCGAAGAGCUCGUCCCUCGUUGCGGAUCAUCGUCCGUUAUCUGGAAAUAUUUCGGAUUUAGGGCAAGCGAUUUGAACCAGCAUCAAACAAUCCCUAUCCCCUCGCUCAAUUAUUUUUUCAGAAUGGCGUUGUAUUCAAAACGUCAGGGACAACGCCUUUUGUUCUGGUGCAUUCUCUGGUGGCAUAUUUAUUUAAACGCCUUAUUUACAAGUUUAACAAAUCUUUUACAAUUUAAACAUUGUCAAAUCUGUGCCCUGUUGAUUUUAAGUUGGUGAUAUCUAUGCAAAGAUUUGUACAUUAGCAGGAAUGUAGCACAAUGGUUCACGGUUGUUAAAGCAGUGUUAUGUUAACGUGAUCGUUCAAUAAAAAUAUUUGUCAAUCAAAUGAAUAAUCGUGGUAAAUAAUCUGGAUAUCAGUAUUGAUCAAAAUAAUUGUGAUAAUCAUGUUGGCCAUAAUCCCGCACCUCUAAUAUGACAUGUGACAAUAAAUAAAUCAUCUUAA